UGCAUUUUGCUCUCUUCACAGACUGUGGAGAUCAUGGAUCACGUGCUAAACAUUGCUGAUAGUUACAUCUUCACUCUGUAUGUUUACCCGGCCUCGUGGCCUGAGGACGGGGCUCUGCGUCAGAUCCUCAGCCUGUGGGUGGUGACCAACCUGGGAGCAGUGCUGAUCUACCUGGGCUUUGGUGCUCUUAACUUCUACUAUGUGUUUGACCAUAAGCUCAUGAAACACCCACAGUUUAUCAAGAACCAGAUAAGAAAAGAGAUUCGACUAUCAGCGGUCUCCAUCUUCUGGAUGAGCUUCCCCACCGUGGCCAUUUUCUUCCUGGAGAUCAAGGGACACGGCAAACUUUAUGACAACAUCAGCGACUCUUCUCUGGGCUGGCCUGGGAUGUUCCUGAGCAUUACUGGUUUCUUGUUCUUUACUGACAUGUGUAUCUAUUGGAUACACCGCUCCAUGCACCAUAAGAAUAUCUACAAGCACCUGCAUAAGCAGCACCAUAUAUUCAAGAUCCCUACGCCUUUUGCCAGCCAUGCCUUCCACCCACUGGACGGCUUCCUGCAGAGCUUACCCUAUCACGUCUACCCCUUCAUCUUCCCCCUCCACAAGGUGGUCUACCUCGCACUCUUUGUCUUUGUCAACAUCUGGACCAUUUCCAUACACGAUGGAGACUACCGCAUCCCCGGCCCCCUGAUAUGUCUGAUCAACGGUGCUGCGCACCACGUAGACCAUCAUCUUUUCUUCAACUACAACUACGGACAAUACUUUACGCUCUGGGAUCGCCUGGGGGGCUCCUACCGGCACCCGUCAGCCCUGGUGGGGAAGGGGCCACAUGACCAUGUUUACAAGCUCAUGGCAGAGGCUGCACACACCCAGUGAUGGCGGAGAUACAGUCAGGAUACUGGUUCAAACUUCCCCAACAACGUUCCCACAGAGAUUCCUCAGCCUUAGACAGUGCUAUCAGGUGCAAAACCAGCCACCAGCAACUCUCAACAGAGCUUUUCUAAACUUUAGCUCAAAAGAACCAAAGCAAAGAGAGUAAGAGCAAAUACGAAUGAAUGUCAACAACCUUCCCUUUCUGAA